AGCUUUUUCAUGGAGCCACAUACAUUUAUCUCAGUAUCAGCUCUUCAUGGAUUGCCACUUACUGUUUCUUACAUAGAUCACUCCCAAAUGAAUUGUUCAGAAUCAUCCUCAUUGAAGCUAACAUUACGUCUGAUGCCAUCCCAAGAACAAGAAGCAUUGGAAGCGUUCAAGGAUGCGCAAGAAAUGCACAUGUAUGCAGUGUGGGCUCUUCCACCCACACAUGUGCUCCCACGAAUCAAGACGGUGAUGGAGGGCCUACGGGCCGAAUUCGGUGGGCCUGAAAUCGAACCUCACAUCACCGUCUUAGGAUCCAUGUUAAGGACGGAAGAAGAUGCGAUCCAACAAUUCAAAGAUGCUUGUAACAUUAUCACCCGUUUUGAAUGUAACGUCGAUCACAUUGAAACUAGUCGGUUUUUUUACCAGUGUGUCUCCCUCAUCAUUGAUCCAAUCGAAGAUUUAUGGGGUGAAAUCGGGCGCUUUGUUAGGAUCUUCGAACACACUUUCCGUAAGUUGAACAUCUUGUUGUCCACAUUUGAGCCUCCUUUAUGGGUAUCUAACAGAUGAAGAGAAAAAAAGAGCUAAAGAGAAAGUUACUACUAUCGAUGAGGGCUUUGCUAGCCUUAGCUUUGAUGUUACUCGCUUUGUAUUAUGCAAGAUGAACAUCCAAGAUAAAUCUCAACACUCUUGGGAGAAGAUUCUGGCAAUUGACCUCCAACCAUAAUUAGUUAGUUUCCACAAUAUAUGCUUUGUAUGCAACUUCAUAAUCAAAUAAUUGUAUUAUGAUUUAUUCAAAAAAUAAUUGUAUUAUGACUACUC